UUUACGGCCAAGCACUCAAGAAAACUUUCAGAUCUGAUCUCGGUUAUUAUGUUUAUUUGGAGGGUAAGCAGCCAAUUAUAGACUUAUAGUUCUCAUCCUCCUCGAUCAGGAUCUGACUGCAUCUCGUCGGCGUUCCUCUCCAGCUCUAGGGUUCCAGAUCUCCCAUGCACCUCCGCUUCUAAUCCCCCACCUGCAACCGCUGAUAUGGAGGCGCCACUGCCUUCCCGCCUCCGAGAUCUGGCGUCCAACGGACGCUCCAGCUCAGCCUCCAGCCGAUCCCACGAUCUCGAUUCUCCUUCCUCAUCCGCCGGCAGCAGCGCCGUCAGUCACAGCCUUGCCUCCAUCCUUAACAACCCCCAUGCUGGCCGCUCCGAUGCCUCUUGGUCUCUCUGGUGGUCCUCCUCUUCUGCCGCCUACCCCGACCUCACUGCUCCCUUUGCUCCGUCCGUCUCGUUCCCCGAGGUCGCCCGCGCCGACUUUCUUCCCUACAUUUCGUCUGUCGCUGAUGCAUAUUCGCGGUUCGAGGACAUCCUCAGCCAUAGAUCAAAGGAGAGCGCCGCUGCUGCCGACGACGCUUCUGGUGGCGACGGAGAGGUCCGAGGGCAAGGGGAGGCUCUGGUGGCUUGUCUCCGGGAGGUUCCGUCGUUGUUUUUCAAAGAGGACUUCGCGUUGGAGGAGGGCGCCACGUUUAAGGCAGCAUGCUCCUUCUCACCGUCGGGUGAAGAGAACAUGGCCCUCCAAGAGAGAUUGACACAAUACCUGGAUGUCGUUGAGAUGCAUUUGGUGAGGGAGAUCUCACUGCGAUCGGAUUCGUUCUAUGAAGCUCAGGGUCAGCUUCAGGGUCUGAAUGGGCAGAUCGUGGAAGCAUGUGUGAGGAUUCGGGAACUGAAGGAAACUAUCCGGAUCCUAACUGGAGAUCUUGUUGGGUCAGCCAGAAAAGUGCAAGAGCUGAAUGCCACCCGUGGAAAUCUAUUAGCACUGCACCAGAAGCUCACUGUCAUCCUCUACGUUAGCCAAGCACUGGGGGCAAUGAAACUGCUUGUUGCAGCAGCAGAUUGUGCUGGUGCUUUAGACGUGAUAGAUGAUUUGCAGCAGUUGCUGGAUACUGAUGAGCUUGUUGGCCUUCAUUGUUUUCGGCAUCUUCGAGAUCAGUUGUCAAGUGCCUUGGAUUCGAUAAAUAGCAUUCUUUCAGCAGAAUUCAUGCGUGCUUCCAUACCUGAUGGCAAGGUUUUUGAUUCAAUGAUUUUAUCAAGAUUAGUGAGUAAGGCUAGUGAUCUUAUGAAAGGAGUAGAGGACCAAGUAAAGUUAGAGGAUGAGGAAAGCUCUAACCUUCAAGAUUGUCUUCUUCCACUCAUCAUCGGUCUACUAAGAACAGCAAAGCUUCCGUCUGUGUUGAGGCUGUACCGUGAUACACUUAUUACUGAAAUGAAAGCUUCAAUUAAAGCUACAGUCGCUGCUUCUCUUCCAGUUCUAUUAGCUCGACCAAUGGAUUCUGAUCUGGUUACCAGCGACAGAGUUGGUGAUUCAGAUGGUGGAAGUUUGUCCCUUGCAAGCAAGUUGCGGAGUCUAUCUCCUGAAAGCUUUGUUCUUCUUUUGAAGGCUAUUUACAACGUUGUGCAGGCACAUUUGACGCGGGCUGCAGAAGUUAAAAGGAUUGUUGAGCUGAUUAUGGGAAAUGUUGAUGGUUGUUAUGCUGUUGAACCCAGUGUUGCUGCAGUUGCACAUGGUACUGCAGAAGGUUCCCAAGAGAACAAUGGCCAUCUUGUUCCAUAUGUUUCUCAUUCCCUUCCCAGAAAUCCUCCUAAAAUCUCAUUGGUUCAAGGAAAAGCUAAUGAUUCAAGUCCAAGCACAUCCAAAAAUUUUCGUGCUGAUGUACUGAGAGAAAACACAGAAGCUGUAUUUGCUGCUUGUGAUGCUGCUCAUGGAAGAUGGGCAAAACUACUUGGUGUCCGUGCCCUCCUUCAUCCCAAAUUAAGACUUCAAGAAUUCUUACGCAUUUAUGACAUAACCCAGAACUUUAUAGCUGCUACAGAGAAGCUUGGUGGAAGAUUGGGUUAUAGUAUUCGUGGUACUCUUCAGUCGCAGUCAAAGGCAUUUGUUGACUAUCAGCAUGAUUGUCGUAUGACCAAAAUCAAGGCAGUCCUCGAUCAGGAAACUUGGGUUGCUGUGGAUGUCCCUGAUGAAUUCCAGGCCAUAGUUAUACUUUUGUCUUCUGCUGAUGUAUCAAUAAACAAUAGUGAACUGUUGUCAAACAGUCCCAAUUCUAGCACCAUUGAAACAACUGUUGUUUCUAACCAAGACCAUACUAUUCAGAAAGAAUUUGAUCAAGCUGCUGAUCAUGAUAAACAAACUUCUUCCCCCUUAUCAGCUAUGGUAAACCAAAACACCAUUGUAGAGUCUACACCUAAACAGAAUAGCAAUGCUAGUUCAAAUGAACCUGGAAGAUCAGCUUCUCAAAUGCUCGUGUAUCAAGGUGUUGGCUAUCACAUGGUAAACUGUGGCUUAAUAUUGUUAAAGAUGCUAUCAGAGUAUGUUGAUAUUAGUAAAUUCCUGCCAUCAUUGUCAUCUGAAGUGGUUCAUCGUGUAGUGGAAAUAUUGAAGCUAUUCAACAUGAGGACUUGUCAGCUUGUUCUUGGAGCUGGCGCAAUGCAGGUAUCAGGUUUAAAGUCCAUAACUUCUAAGCAUUUAGCUUUGGCAAGCCAGAUUGUCAGUUUUGUUCAUGCGAUAAUACCAGAAAUACAACGUGUUCUUUUCGAGAAAGUACCUGAGGCCCGCAAAGCAUUGCUUGCAGUAGAGAUAGAAAGAGUGGCACAGGACUUCAAGGUUCAUCGAGAUGAAAUUCACAUGAAGCUGAUACAGAUAAUGAGAGAAAGGCUGCUUGCAAAUCUACGCAAACUGCCUCAGAUUAUUGAGAGUUGGAAUGCGCCUGAGGAUAAUGAUUUACAACCGAGUCAGAUUGCUCGAUCCAUAACAAAGGAAGUUACUUAUCUUCAUCGCAUCUUAUCACAAAUUCUUCUUGAGGCUGAUGUUCAUGCUAUCUUCAGGCAAGUGGUUCAUAUUUUUCAUUCCCACAUUUCAGAAGCAUUUUCAAAAUUGGAGCUCAGCACUCCCCAAGCGAAAAACAGACUUUGCCGUGACAUUCAGCAUAUUCUUGGUUGUAUCCGCAAAUUGCCUUCUGAUAGUUUGGAAAAAGCAAGUGCGCCUAAUUUUGGUCUUCUUGAUGAGUUGUUGGAAGAGAAAUAUGGAACAAAAGUAGGAUAAAGAUCUUGUGAAAUUUUGCCAGCCAUACAACAUAUGAGAUUAUUGAAGGGUUUAUUUUUGGAUUCAAGUUAAUACUUGAAUUCUGCUUGUCUGUAAAAUUGCACAGACGCUACUAUAUUCUUUGGUGAAGAUAUACAAGGUUGUUAUCAUGGCAUAUCUGGGCAUGCCAACGAUAUAGGUGGUACUGGAUUGGUACAUUUUUUUUUGCUCCCAAUUAAGCAUUUGAUAUAUUCAAGCCCCUGGUUCCUUUCUGGAUACAGUGAUAAUUUUCAAGCUACUCUUCAGGGAAACACUCGCAACAACCAGAAUUUUUGUUUUUUGCAUCAAUGUAAAUUCAACAUGUUGAAAAAUUGUUUGUCUACAGUUCAUAUUACAGCAGUUUUUCGGGCACUAGGCCAUUUAUGAGUUUUGUAAAAGUUAUGCACAUCAUCAUGUAAAAGAUAAUUGCACACGACGUCCACCGGUAGCGUGGCAGUCAAGGUAGGUUAUGAUGCUUGCCCGUGUUACCUUGGGCCUACUAGUAAAUUUUGAAGAGUUUUGUUUUGUUUUUUUUUUUUUCCUUUUGCAUGUUCACUUUGAUUGUGCUAAAACAUAAACUCGU